AAUAAAUCAUACGCCGGCGCUUUCUUCCGAUCUCCAACCACCUUAUACGGCGGCGCUUUCUUUUCAAUCUUGGUUUGACUUGCAAUGACUAAAGUUAAGGAGCCACAAAAAGCUGGAUCAAAGAGUCAUCGGGCAGACCCAUAUUCUCUAAGGCCAUUACAUUUGAAGGUUAUGAAGAAAUCUUGUCGCAAGAAAGAAAUAAAGGUAUCUGAGAAGAAGGAAUGGCUAGAUGCAAACUGUUCUGUUUGUAUGGAGUACCCUCACAAUGCUGUUCUUUUACUUUGUUCCUCGUAUCAUAAGGGUUGCCGCCCAUACAUGUGUGCAACUAGUCGUCGCUUUUCCAAUUGUUUGGAACAGUAUAAGAAAGCCUAUACCAAAGUGAACUCAACCAAAAGUGUACAGUCACAGGAUGGGUCAACUGAUGAUACAAAUUUUGGUUUAGGUUCUGGUGUCCAAUUAUUAUGCCCACUUUGCCGUGGUCAGGUAAAAGGAUGGACCGUGGUGAAACGGGCUCGCAAGUUUCUCAAUUCUAGGAAGAGGAGUUGCAUGCAAGAUGACUGCUCGUUUGUUGGAUCAUACAAAAAGUUAAAGAAGCAUGUGCGGGAAAAUCACCCUUUAUCCCGACCUCGAGAAGUGGACCCGUUGGUUGUAGAGAAAUGGAAGAAGCUUGAGAAUGACCGAGAAUUAGAUGAUGUGAUUAGCACAAUUAACUCAACAAUGCCCGGGGCAAUAAUAAGGGGGGAUUAUGUCAUAGAAAGGAAUAACCGGAGACAUUCCAGAGAACAUUUUGGCAAUCGUGGAAGGCACUAUGAAUCGGAGGACUCAUUAUCAGAGGACUUCAUUGAGUCAUCUGAUGACGAGGUGCAUUUUAGUUAUUACGCUCCCCGCAUUGAUCGCCGCCCAGUUAGGGUGUAUAGGGGUAGGGGGCGUUAGCUUAAUGUAGACUGAGCUCUUAUUCCAGUUGGCGACUCAGGUCAGGGCAUGGAUCGGAUCAACCAACUGUGUGUUGGAUGGCACAGGGUUUUUUCUUUUAAGCGGUUGUGGUUUUUGAGGUUUCAAUUUGCUUAUGGGCUUUAUAUAUAUUUAUCAAUAUCAAUUUGUGGGUUUGGACAUUUGAAAUUUCUGACCCACAAUAAUUGAGUUCCUGCACAGCAUAAGACUUAAGAUAUGUUUCCCUUUUUUUUU